AUGGUGAAUGCAUUAACUGAUACUGAAGCUUUUGAUCUCUUUUGUUUGAAAGCCUUCAAUGAAGACGAGAUUGGAGAAGAUUUUCUUAAGCUAUCCAAUGAAUUUUUGAAAUAUGCUAAUGGCCUUCCAUUAGCUAUUAAAGUUUUGGGAUCAUCUGUUCGUGGUAGAAAUGUAAAGUUAAUGUCAAGUGCAUUGAAGAGGCUUGAAAAAAAUCCUCCAAAAGGAAUUAUUGAUGUUCUUAAAGUUAGUUAUGAUGGAUUAGAAGAAACAGAAAAGAAAACUUUUUUAGACAUCACGUGUUUCUUUAAAGGAGUGAACAAGGAUCGUGUAAUAAGAAUACUAGAUGGUUGUGAUGAUGCCGGCGUGGAGAUGGAUGUACAAGUUCUUAUUGACAGAUCUUUGGUAACUCUAUUCGGAACAAAAUUGUGGAUGCAUGAUUUGAUACAAGAAAUGGGUCAGGAAGUUGUUUGUCAAGAAUGCCGUGAAGAGCCUGGAAAACGGAGCAGGUUGUGGCUUCCCAAAGAUAUCAUCCGUGUGCUUGAUCAGAGUAAGGCGACAAGUGCAGUUCAAAGUAUAUUCCUCCAAUGUCCCACAGAAGACGAUGUUGUUCACUCAAUUGGUAACGCCUACUCAAACAUGGACAGAUUGAGACUGCUCAAGAUUAGUAACGUGAGGUUUUCCAGAAACAUCAGAUAUCUUUCUAAUGAAUUACAGUAUCUUGAAUGGAAUGAGUGUGCUUCGGAUUCUUUCCCGUCAGACUUUCACCCUGAGAAACUUGUUGAACUUCACAUGCGUUUUAGCGGCAUCAAACAACUAUGGAGGGGGAGAAAAGGAUGGAGCAUGCUACGGCUUAUUGAUCUGAGUGGUUCAGAAUACUUGAUGUCAACUCCAGACUUCACUGAGGUUCCUGAUCUUGAAACGUUGGUGCUUCAAGAUUGCACAAGCUUGGUGGAGAUUCACCCGUCUCUUGGCUUUCUGAAGAAACUUGUCUCUUUGAAUAUGAGCAAUUGCAAGUCUAUUGAGAGCAUUCCACUUCUCACUACCUUGGAAUCCCUUCAAAUAAUGAGGCUUUCACUCUGUUCAGGACUGAAGAAGUUUCCAGAGAUUCAAGGAAAUAUGAAAAGCUUGAUGGAGCUUCAUCUGGAUGGGACCAGCAUUGAGGAAUUGCCUCCAUCAAUUGAAUACUUGACUGGUCUUACCGUGUUGAAUCUUACAGACUGUUGCUCCAAAAUUGAUGAGAUGCCUGAGAAUCUGAAUGGUAUGAAAUGUCUGGACAAGCUUUCAAUUGGUGGAACUUCCAUAAGGGAGUUAUCUGUCCUCAGAGGCAUGAAGAAUCUUCAAUAUCUAUCCUGCCGAGGAUCACCCUUAUCUACUUAA